CACCGUCUUAUCUCUAAAUGCUUCUUUACCACCCGUAUUUGCUUCGCCAUGACUGUUACUUCAGCUUGCUGUGCACUAAUUUGUUUUGGUUUAAUAUAAUAAUAAAUAUCUUACCAUCUCCCUCUCUUUUUCUCUCUCGCUUUGUUUGCAAUUUGCGGACCUCGGAACCAGAAUUCCUCUCCAUCGGCCACUCUAUUUGGUUCCGGAGAUGCCAUGUCUAGCGAGUAUUAGUACAGCGCAAUUCCGAUGCUAAUAGUGCUAUCUCCAUCGACGGGGAUUCAGUUUGAUAGAGAGAAUUUAAUUUAUAGGAUUCACGUCGUUUUUUGUUUUUGAAAUUUUCUUCAAUUUUGGAGCAUACUCCACAUGGCGUCUCCAGUCGGUCGUCUCGCUAGGCCUUGCUUUGAGGGGCCGUCCAGCAAUGAUGAAAGAAGAGAAUCGAAAUUGGAUUUUGAGAACUCGGAGGAUGACAAGAGAACUAGAAUUGGGAAUUUGAAGAUGAAAGCCAUGAAGGCUUCUAGUAAAUUUAGACAUUCUCUUAAGAGAAGAAGCAAGAAGAAACUUGAAGUUGGAGUAUCUUCUGUUUCAAUUGAGGAUGUUAGGGAUGCGGAGGAGUUGCAGGCUGUGGAUGCAUUUCAACAGGCCCUUAUUUCAGACGAUUUGCUUUCUGCCAAACAUGAUGAUUAUCAUGUGUUGUUGAGAUUUUUGAAAGCUAGAAAAUUUGAUAUUGAGAAAGCAAAGCAUAUGUGGGCAGCCAUGAUUCAAUGGAGGAAAGAUUUUGGAGCUGAUACAAUCUUGGAGGAUUUUGAGUUUAGUGAGUUGAAUGAAGUGCUAAAGUACUACCCUCAAGGGUUCCAUGGAGUUGAUAAGGAGGGAAAACCGGUUUACAUUGAGAUUCUGGGAAAAAUUGAGGCUAACAAGCUCAUGCACGUAACAACUUUGGAAAAAUAUGUGCGAUACCACGUACAGGGGAUGGAACAUUGUCUUGCAGUUAAGUUUCCAGCUUGCUCAGUUGCUGCUAAGAGGCACAUAGAUUCGACUACAACAAUUUUGGAUGUUCGCGGCGUGGGUCCACGAAACUUAACCAAGUCUGCCCGAGAGCUCAUCAUGCGAUUGCAGAAAAUUGACGGUGACAACUAUCCUGAGACACUUUAUCGCAUGUUUAUCAUUAAUGCUGGUCCUGGUUUUAGACUACUUUGGAACACUGUGAAAUCCUUUCUUGAUCCUACGACAGCUACCAAGAUUCAUGUCCUUGGUAACAGGUACCAGAAGAAAUUACUGGAAAUAAUAGAUUCAAGUGAGUUGCCUGAAUUUCUUGGUGGUUGCUGUACCUGUGCUGAUGAAGGAGGUUGUAUUAGAUCUAAUAAGGGUCCAUGGAAAGAUCCAAAUAUAUUAAAGAUGGUUGAUAAUGGCGGAGCACGGUAUUCUAGACAGAUCGUUACAGUUUGUGACAAUGAUGGCAGGGUGAUUGCUUGUGAGAAGCCGCACAAUGCAAUGGGGAAAAGUAGUGACACAUCUACUGCAGAGUCAGGAUCCGAGGUCGAGGAACGUGCUUCUCCUAAACCAAAUAAGAGCUAUUUGGACCCAAGCUUGGUUCCUGUAUGCGAAGAAGCUAGUAUGGCUGGUAGGGGAAGCUCUCUGGUUGGCUUAUCUGAGUAUGAUGAAAACAUCCCCAUGAUUGACAAGACUGUUGAUUUGGAAUGGAAAAAACAAGUGCCUCUGAAGAUUGAGGAGACGUGCACUUCCAGAGAAACACCCUCUCUGAUGAGCAGAGAUGGUACUCCAAAGGGAAUUUUUGUUCAUGUUUGGGCUUUAGUAAUGGGCUUCUUCAUUAGCCUCUUUAUUAUCGCCCAAUCGAUGAUGAUAUGGGUAAUUAGGACACGUUCUGUGCCUGGAAACACCACCAACAUGCCUGACCUGACUCUGGAUAUGAAGCCCAAGGAAUGCUUCCCUGAUGUCUGCUCAUCUAUCAUUAAAAGGCUGCAUGAACUUGAGGAGAAGGUUGAUAUGCUGCAGGCAAAGCCUUCUGAGAUGCCUCGUGAGAAGGAGGAGUUGCUAAAUGCUGCUGUUUAUCGUGUGGAUGCACUGGAAGCGGAGCUAAUUUCUACUAAAAAGGCUCUGCAUGAAGCCUUGAUUAGGCAGGAAGAACUUCUUGCCUACAUUGACAGAGUGGAGCGAGCCAAGUUGCAAAAGAAGAAAUGUUGCUGGUGAAGUGGAGAUUAAUGUACAGCACGAACUAUACUACGAAUACAAAAUUCGGUACAAUGUAAAAUGAGAAAUCCAUGGCAUUCUUCCAAUUUGAGAAGUGCAUAAGUUCUCUUCAAGGAAGCCGUCUCCUAGUGUAAAGUUGCUCCUGUAUUAGAAAGACCAAAUUAUUGGUAUGAUUAUGAAAUAAAUAACUAGAAAAUUUAGUUUUAAAUCGUUUAGGAGCUUUUUAUUUACUAAUCUAUAUCAUCCCAUAGAUUCUUAAUUCAGUAAUUCAGAAUUGAUCAGUAGAUAGAAUUUAAAAGCACCUAGUUUGGAGAUAGAACUAUGUUGUUUUUAUUCCCUAAGGUGCCUGACAGUUGGAAUGGAGCCGCUUCAGUUCACAUUAGCAUGGUGGUUCCCCCAGUUGUUUGUGCUGUGAGAAGAAAGUCUUUCUUGAGAUUGAAUGUGUUUCUGAUCAAAGAAAC